GAGUUGGGAAGGAGAAAGUCCGGCAGCCCCCCUCCCCGCAGCCUGAUCCCAGGAACCUCUGGUCUGAGCCAGGCUCCGGCCGCCCUGGCUCCGGCCGCCCAGGCUCCGGCCGCCCUGGCUCCGGCCGCCCAGGCUCCGGCCGUCCCGGGAUCCUCCGGGCCGGCGCCUGGAGGCAGCUUUUCUGACGAGCUCUUUCUCCCCCCUCGGGGUGUCUCCCCUGCAGUGGGCCUUUACACGUCCAUCUUUGGCGGCUUACAGCUGCUCUGCCUCCUGACGGCCCCGGUCAUCGGCUACAUCAUGGACUGGAGGCUGAAGGAGUGUGACGACGGGUCCGAAGAGGCCGAGGAGAAAGAAGCUGACCGAGGCGAGGACGGGAAGAAGAAGAAGCGGGACCGCCAGGUCCAGAAGAUCACCAACGCCAUGAGGGCCUUCGCCUUCACCAACCUCCUGCUCGUGGGCUUCGGGAUCACCUGCCUCAUCCCCAACCUGCCUCUCCAGAUCGUGUCCUUCAUCCUGCACACCAUCGUGAGGGGCUUUAUUCACUCGGCCGUGGGGGGCCUCUACGCCGCCGU